AAUGGAAGACGAGUCGAAUGAGAAUUCAACCAAUAUCCAUCCUUUCAAAUGCUUUAGAGCUUCCCAAGAGGAGAAUCCUAAUGCUGCUCCAGAGAUAGAUUCAAGUCACAGUGGAGAUUGAAAUACUCCUGACAAUGUAGUUCCUCUUAAAAGAGUCAUUAGAUCAAAGAAAAACACCACGGCUAGUAUACUUGGGAGGAGAACGAAUAACCAUCGGAAAAUAAAUUCUAUCAUAAUCACUUCUUUGCAUGGCAAGAAACCUAACAAUCCUACGUCAAAUACUCCUGAUAAACGUAUGACUUUCCCUGUAUUAUAUGAACAAACAACUCCUGGCAUUAUCAAUCUCAAAAGUUUGAAGAAAAUUUUCAUUAAACCUAAAGAUGCAGAGCUUGAGCCUAGCAGAGAUAGACCUCCGCUUACCAUAGUAGAACCUCUUGGUGGAGGAAAGGCGUGCACUUUACCUAAAGAUAUAAAUCUGAAAGACCCUGAAUUCGCAAGGCCAAAUGGUAUCUCGAAGAGAAAGAAGCUCAAAUUUAACAGUUAUGAAUUCCUCGAAGACAGUAACGGAACUUCAAGUGUGGACACUACUAUUUUGCUCAAAGGGACACCAAACAGGCAGUGGAAAUCAUACAAUAAGUUUAUCAAAAAUAAAAAGGGAAAGGAUGAUGGUAUGAGCAUGAUUAAGAAAUAUUCAAAACCCUACCAAAGAGUCAACCGCAAAAUUACAAGUGUCUUCAUUAAAGGAAACAAAGUAUUUAAGCCUAAAAAGAGCCACUUGAUGGACCGCAAAGAGAAUAUCAAACAAGUUCCUGUUGAAUCCUUAUUGGCUCAUAAGAAGGCAUUUCAGAAAAUUCCUUUGGGGACUGAUCCUAGAAGAAUUCUCAUUUUAGAGAAGUACAGAAAAGACCAAAACAAUUAUAUUGAGUACCUUCGAACAAUGAAUUUGUUCAAGAAAGGGUUACUAAAAUUAGCCCUUGACAUAUUCAACAACUAUAUCCAUAAUAAAGGGCACCAUCAACCAAAAAUGUUGUUGCUGAUGAGCAGCUCUAAAAUACAGAAAAAGGUCAAGGAAAUUAAUAAUGAUCUUGAAAUGGUUAAAGAGCGGAUAGAAAUGGAUGAUAGUAGCAAUAAAGAUAGUCAAGGGCAAGGAAUAUCCUUAAGAUCAAGUGCUUUCAAUGCUAAAUCCUAUAUCAUCAACAUGAUGUCCUCUGGAAGUGGAAGAAAGGGUGCUAUAAAAGACGCCUCACAAGAAAAAUUCCGCAUGUCAAAAUUUUCCAAACACUCUCAAAUAAAAGUUGGGCCCAAAGGAGAGCCAAAGAAGCUUUUUAAAAGUUACUCCGAAUUUGAGUGCAUCAAAAAGUUUGAACCCAACCAAGCAAUUGACAUGGAAGCCAUCAAAAGAGUCAGAAGGAUGGAAGCAAUGAGGAAAACACGAGAGAAAGUUGCCUUGCAGAUAUUUAACCACAAAAAAUUUCUAAAAGAAAUUAAUAAAGCUCACCCUCAAAAACGUUCUAAGACUAGCAAGGGCUUCUGGAAUUUCAUGCCGCACAGCAAGGAGGAGGAAGAAAGACAACAAGAGGAGAAACGGUCUCAGCUGAGAAAGAAGCAAUAUGACAUGGGGAAAAUUGUCAUGAAAGUUAUGUCUCACUCUUUAAAAGACUCGCAGAAAAAAGAUCGUAUUGGAAGAAAGGGGCAACAAGUCCAGUAAAAUAU